CUGUCAAAUUCUCACGUGGAACGUGGUGUUGUGCUGUUGUGGUAUAUUCAAACUGACUAAAUUAAUUUAUUUGUAUAUUUCAAGUCAAAUAUAAUUCAAAAUGAAAAUCAAGAAGCAGCACCGUAAAAAGAAAUAUCUUCACAAACUUAAUCGGAAACGAAUGCAUCUUAAACAACGAAGCACUGGCGAAGUUAAUUGUAAACCAAUAAAGGAUGCAUGGGAUUUUAAGAAGUCUUCUCUUCGUAACAUGAAAGAAAUGGGUCUUGCCAAUGAUCCCAAUAAAGUCAUAAAAAUACCAAAUUUCAAACAAGAGAAAGUGAAACAGGCUAAGAAGAUAAUAAAUCAAGAAGAAUCUGACGAAGAUAGUGAGGAAGAGGAAGUAGUUCAACCAGUAGUAAAAAAGGAAGUAGUUGAAAUGUUAGAGAAAGAAGCUAGAGCUCCACGACCAAGGAGAUUCAUGUUGCCUAAAGGACAAGUUGAAUUUAUAACAUAUUUACUAGAUAAAUAUGGUCAUGAUUACAAAGCUAUGGAAAGAGAUAAGAAAAACUAUUACCAAGAGACCUGGAAACAGUUGAGAGCUAAAAUAAAAACAUUUAUGGGCAUUCCUAAACAGUAUGGGGAAUAUUUAGCUUCCAAAGGUUUACUUGACAAAGACGAUGAUGAUGAGGAAUUGAAGAAAAUAGCAAAAAGUUUAGUUGUUGAUGAUUAGUCUGUAGAAAUAUUUUAAUAAGUGCUUGAUUCUCUAUUUUUGGAGUAUCAUUAAGGUGUAUUUUUCAGUGUAAAUAAAAUAAUUUUAAGGACAA